AACCAGCUGAUAGUAUAGUAAACGCAAAAGUUUUGUUUAGAUGUGAAAAGUUAUUUUUUAUUUGUUUUUACUUUGUAUAGAAGGAUGCCUAUAUUAGUAAAAACAUCUUCACCAACUAUGCUUGAGGAAUAUGCAAUUGUUGAGUUGCAGGGAGAUCUCGAAAUUCGUUCCGAAGAGAAUAUUCAUAAUCUGUUUAUAGGGGACUUAUAUUAUAAUAAAUACGGACAGCCUAUACUUAUAAUUGGGCAUCAUAUCUUGCAAGGACGAGAGCAAAAGCUCGAAAAACCUUUCGCUGUGCUUGAAAAAUUGAAAAGUAAGGAUGGAAAGUCUUCAUUGAACGAUGCAAAUAUGGAUUCCAACGCUACACUUAAUAGAACAGUUGAUUGUACAAUUUUAGACAGCACAGUUGCUCUGGAAAAUAAAUCACGACAAAACACCGAAUACGUAGUUCGAGCUUUAUGCACAAAAAAACUCAUCUUUAAAUCGCGUCCAAAACCUAUUAUUGCGAAUAUUGCAACUUCCGUUUGAAAUGAGAACCAUUAAUUAAAAUUUUUAUAUUUUUAUAAUAAACCCAUAAUACAUUCAAAUAUUAGAUUUUCAA